UUGACGCCAAGUGAGCGUGAAAGUGAAAUAUUUCGUAAAAUUCCACAAAAUGCCGGUGUAAAUAUUAAAUUUACAAAUGUUACAUAUGAAGUGCCAAUUUCCAAGCCGAUAUUGAAAAAUGUCAGCGGUGAAUUUCGUGCCGGCGAAUUAUCAGCAAUAAUGGGUCCAUCGGGAUGUGGUAAAACAACAUUGUUAAAUCUAUUAGCCGGUUAUAGACUUUCAAAAACAUCUGGCAACAUUAGCGUGAAUGAUAGGCCACAAAAUCUGCUCGAAUUUCAUAAAAACUCACGAUACAUUCUCCAGGAAGACUAUAUAAGUCCAAUGUUUACAAUUGGUGAGACUCUAAUGUAUGCUUCGAAAUUUAAAAUGGAUUCCAAUAAAAGAGCACAAGAACGACAACAAAUUAUCAAUGAAUAUUUGAGAAUAUUUUUACUCGAAGAUAAAUCCAAUACUAGGAUUGCCAAUAUUUCGGGUGGUGAAAGAAAACGGCUGUGUGUUGCACUGGAAUUAUUAAAUAAUCCCUCAGUGCUGUUUGUCGAUGAACCCACAACUGGUCUCGAUGAAUUCUCUGCCACUCAGUGCAUAACAUUACUCAAGAGAUUAGCCACAGCGGGACGCACUAUAAUCUGUUCAAUCCACUGUCCAUCGGCUAGACUCUUCCAAAUGUUCGAUAAGGUCUAUGUUAUGUCAGCUGGCCAAUGCAUUUAUCAGGGAUCAGUGGAUGGCAUAGUUCCGUACUUGCAAAAUUUCAAUUUGCAAUGUCCGAUUACCCACAAUCCAGCUGAUUACAUUAUUGAAGUUGCCACAAAUUUCCAUGGAGACUAUCAUGAUGCCAUGGUUAGUGAAAUUCAAAAUGGAAAAGUUCACAAAUGGCAUUCCAGUGGUCCAAGUGAACGCAAUACCCUUGUUACAUCCUCCUUUGAUCACACGAAUCUCAAUACAACGAAGGAAGCGAAAAAUACUUGGUGGUCGGAAUAUUGCAUAAUAUUUAAACGGAAUUUACAACAAAUGCUGAGAGAUAAGACUAAUAUGAAACUUAUGGUGUAUACAAAUAUCUUCCUGUCUACAAUUAUGGGUAUUGCAUUCAGCCAAGUCGGCAAUCACGGUUAUUUAGGUUCCUUUAAUUAUAAUUUUGUGGUCCUAACAAUAGUUCAAUUUGUGUUUUUAUCUAUGGCACCAAUGCUGUCAUACGUUCCACAAGAAAUUUUAUAUCUGCGGCGAGAACAUUUCAAUCAAUGGUAUCGUCUCAGUAGCUAUUUUAUGGCCCUGGUGACAUGCCAAUUUGUCAUGUGGACCUUCUCUUCAGUGCUGGGAUCAACGAUUAUGUAUUUUCUGAGUGGUCAACCAAGACAGAUGUUUCGGUAUUUGCUAUUUAUUGGCAUUACACUGCUCACAUCAUUGACAGGUUCCAGUUUUGGUAUUUUAGUGGGAUCCAGGCUAAGAUUAUUGAAUGCCCUAUUUAUGGGUCCAAAUAUGUGUGCCAUUUGGAUAAUGUUUGCCAAUUAUGCCGUUGAUCGUCCGCACUUUCAUCCCCUGGAAACAUUUUUGAUGUACACCAGUUUUAUGCGUCACUCAGUCGAGGGCCUAAUGAUAACACUGUUCGGUUAUAAUCGUGCCGAUUUACCUUGUCCCGAAAA